GCCCGAGGUGGGGGAGUUCUGGAAGUUUUUACUGACCUGGAGGAUCAUCAUGUCCAGAGGUCAUGACAUAAAAAAGUCUCUUACACCUCAGAUUUCUUGUUUGACAAGUGAAUCUUAUAAACAGCUGGAUUUUUUGCCUAACAAACUAAGAGCAAAACUGCUUCCCUUCCAGAAAGAUGGCAUCACUUUUGCCUUGAGAAGAGACGGCAGGUGUAUGGUGGCUGAUGAAAUGGGUCUAGGAAAGACAAUUCAGGCAAUUGGCAUCGCUUACUUCUAUAAGGAGGAAUGGCCUCUUUUAAUAGUGGUCCCUUCAUCUCUGAGGUACCCUUGGACAGAAGAAAUAGAGAAAUGGAUCCCAGAGCUGGGUCCAGAAGAAAUCAAUGUUAUCCAGAAUAAAACUGAUGUUGGGAGAAUAUCGACCAGCAAAGUGACAGUUCUGGGUUAUGGUCUUUUAACCACAGAUGCGGAGACUUUGAUAGAUGCGCUGAAUAAUCAGAACUUCAAAGUAGUUAUUGUAGAUGAAUCACACUACAUGAAGUCCAGAAAUGCAACUCGCAGCAAGAUUUUAUUGCCAGUAGUACAGAAAGCCAAACGAGCCAUUCUUCUUACAGGAACUCCAGCACUGGGAAGACCUGAAGAGCUUUUUAUGCAGAUUGAAGCUCUCUUUCCACAAAAAUUUGGAACGUGGACCGACUAUGCCAAAAGAUACUGUAAUGCACAUGUCAGAUAUUUUGGUAAAAGACCUCAGUGGGAUUGCAGAGGGGCAUCAAAUCUUAAUGAACUUCAUCAGCUAUUAAGUGACAUAAUGAUUAGAAGAUUAAAGGCUGAAGUUUUAACCCAGCUGCCCCCUAAAAUCAGACAGCGUAUUCCAUUUGAUCUUCCAUCAGCAGCAGCCAAGGAAUUGAAUUCCAGCUUUGAAGAGUGGGAAAAAUUAAUGAGAGCUCCAAAUUCAGGUGCCACCAAGACUGUCAUGGGGUUGAUUACUCGCAUGUUUAAACAAACUGCUAUUGCCAAGGCAGGUGCUGUAAAGGAUUAUAUUAAGAUGAUGCUUCAGAAUGAUUCACUUAAAUUUCUGGUUUUUGCACAUCAUUUAAGCAUGCUCCAAGCUUGCACAGAAGCCGUCAUAGAAAACAAGACUCGUUACAUUAGGAUUGAUGGAAGUGUUCCAUCUUCAGAAAGAAUACAUCUGGUUAAUCAGUUUCAAAAGGAUCCUGAGACUCGUGUGGCUAUCCUAAGCAUUCAGGCUGCUGGUCAGGGUUUGACAUUUACUGCUGCAACUCAUGUUGUAUUUGCUGAGUUGUAUUGGGACCCUGGACACAUAAAACAAGCAGAAGACCGUGCUCACCGGAUUGGACAGUGCAGUUCUGUGAAUAUUCACUACCUUAUUGCAAAUGGGACUCUAGACACCCUUAUGUGGGGAAUGUUGAAUCGCAAGGCUCAGGUUACAGGGAGCACACUGAAUGGUAGGAAGGAAAAACUUCAGGCUGAGGAGGGUGAUAAGGAAAAAUGGGAUUUCCUGCAGUUUGCUGAAGCUUGGACUCCAAAUGAAAAGCCUGAAGAGCUUAGGAAUGAAAUGUUGUUCACUCAUUUUGAAAAAGAAAAACAGCGUGAUAUUCGAUCAUUCUUUUUACCAAACCCUAAGAAGAGACAGUUGGUGACCUCCUGUGAUGAAUCAAGGGUAUUCCAGGAGGAAAAUACUGUAGUACCAGCAGACCCUGGAAAAACAGCUACAAGAGAUUAUGAAAGUGAUCUUGAACCUGAAGCUAAAAAAAUGAAAUCGGUCACCACCGAUGACCACGGCAGUCCCCUGGAGGAGAAACCAUCCCAUCCCGGGCAGACCAAAGCUCCACUCAUGGACAGGGUCUGUGAGGCCAAGGCCCACGCCACCACUCCUGGUGGGGGCUGGCAGUGUGCUCUCUGCACCUAUAUUAAUAACUCAGUGUUACCUUGCUGUGAAAUGUGUGAGAAUCCUCAGGGCAGUUCUGAUAGCCUCCACCACACCCAGUAUAAAAACAGAAACGAGAAAGAUGAUUCUCGGAAAGACACCUCCGAAAAGAUAUGGACUAGUUCUGACGGGGAAAAACAAGUCCUUGCACGUUCAGCACCUGAACCGUUAGCUGAGAGCCAGGAAGAAGUUUCAAAAACUGAGAGUGAGGACACACUCACACCCCAGCCAGGUGAUGAACAGUUGAAGAGUUCGGACACUUUGCCAGUGUGUGAUACCUUAAUGUUUUGUGCGAGUAAGAACACUGACCGGAUUCAUGUCUAUACUAAGGAUGGAAACCAGAUGAACUGUAAUUUCAUUCCUUUGGAUAUAAAAUUAGACCUUUGGGAAGAUUUACCAGCAAGCUUUCAGCUGAAACAAAAUCGCUCCCUGAUUUUGAGGUUUGUUCGAGAAUGGAGUAGUCUAACUGCUAUGAAGCAAAGGAUAAUCAGGAAAAGUGGGCAGCUGUUCUGCAGCCCAAUUCUUGCUCUGGAAGAGAUCACAAAGCAGCAAACCAAACAAAACAGUACCAAAAGAUACAUAACCAAAGAAGACGUUGCUGUAGCCUCAAUGGACAAGGUGAAGAAUGAUGGGGGCCAUGUCCGUCUGAUCACAAAGGGGUCCAGGCCAGGGGGCCCUUCUACAAAAGAAUUUUUUGAAGAUGGAGCUUGUGUCCCAUUUCUAAAUCCUGGCACAGCCCAAGCUGAUCUCACUGUGAAACCUUCUACAUCCAAAGGCUAUUUGCAAGCUGUGGAUAAUGAAGGAAAUCCACUUUGCCUUCGCUGUCAGCAACCCACUUGCCAAAGUAAGCAAGAGCAUAAAGCAAAUGCUUGGGAUUCACGGUUUUGCUCUCUGAAAUGUCAAGAGGAGUUUUGGAUUCGAUCUAAUAACAGUUACCUGCGAGCCAAAGUAUUUGAAAUUGAACAUGGCGUGUGUCAGCUAUGUAAUCUGAAUGCACAAGAACUCUUUUUACGUCUGAGAGAUGCCCCUAAAGGUCAGAGGAAGAAUCUUCUGGAUAUUACCUGGACCUCAAAGCUCCCAUUAGAACAGCUUAAUGAAAUGAUAAGAAGCCCAGGGGAAGGGCAUUUCUGGCAGGUGGACCACAUCAAGCCAGUGUCUGGUGGAGGAGGACAGUGCUCUCUGGACAACCUGCAGACCCUCUGCACAAUCUGUCACAAAGAGAGAACUGCGAGACAAGCCAAGGAAAGAAGUCAGGCAAGAUAACACAGGAGUGACAGUGGGUUACUAAGAAUGCUGUUCCCUCAUUAUGUAACACGGACAAAAAUAAAGAGUGUUCUGGGCCAAAAACAGGCCUGAGAAAGAGGAAUGUGAAUAAAUAGCACUGACAAGUCAUUAUUUACUCAAACUGUCAAAUGGCUGAAGAACUUGAGGAAAGUUCUGAUCCACAUGACACAUCACUGAUUAGUCAUAUGUGACUACGGAGGGAGCCCAGGUCAGCGUCCUGACAAGCGUUUGUAGCGGAGGCCGCUCAAGAAAAGGUAAGUCGCGCAGUGAACACUCCCUCCCCCGCCAUCAGCCAGCGGUAAGACUGGGGCUCCCGGAUGCUGGGAGCACUGAGCUCCCUCGCGAGACUGCAGCCCAUCCUGUGUCAGGUGACAGACAGGGUGCAGGUCGCACUGGAGCGCCCAGCCGGCUACCCUCGCUGGAGGCUGUCGUGCCGGCAGGUGGCUGGUUACUAGCCACGGGUCCCUCUCCCAGCAGAGCUGCUGCCCCUCAGGGGUCAGAGCAGGGCAUCCAGACUC